GCUGACAGAACAUUCUUAAUGCUCUACCCAGCUGUGUACCUUGCACUUCCACAGAAGAAACCAAGACAGGCGUACGCUCUGGACAGGAAGUUUUUCUCCUGAAUUAUCUAUUUAUAAUUUAUAUAGUGCUUUUUUACCUGAGACACGGCAUAAAGGCAGUCUGAUCGACAUGAGAUACACCGCAGAAGCAGAGAAAAUCCAUGACAUCCCUCUGAAAUUUACUUUUAACCCAAAACUUGGCAUUGAUAAUCCAGCCUUGGUCAUUUCAGAUGACACAGAGCCAGAUGUCUCCCUCCAGCUGUGCAGGCUGACGAGGGAGCAAGGCCAGGGGUUCGGCUUCCACCUGCAGAGGCGGGGCGACGUACAGGGUCACAGCGUGGACCGAGUGGAACCGUGGAGCGCAGCUGAGCAGGGUGGGCUCAGGGAAGGGCAUCACGUUCUGGAGGUCAACGGAGAGUAUGUGCACCACAAGAAACAUGCACAGGUUGUUCGGCAGAUCCAGGAGUCCGGGCUACAGAUAUUUCUGAUUGUGUUGCACAGCGAAGACUAUGAGAGGGCCAUGUCCAAAAAGCUGGACUUUAGAUCUCUCGUCAGUGCUCAUCAUGGUGGCAUCUGUGCCCAACCAAGACUUUGCCACAUCACCAAAGAACCAGACUUUGACUUGGGCCUUACCAUAAUGCCUAUUGAAGGUAUGAAAAACAGUUACCGUGUGAGCGUGGUGAGUGAGGGUCCAGCAGAAAGAGCAGGAGUCUGCAAUGGGGAUCGUCUGGUGUGGAUCAAUGGCACUAUGGUCUCAACUCUCACACAUUCAGCACUCACCAAAACUGUCAAGAAAUGUGGAGAUCAUUUAACAGUUCUGGUGAUUGAUAGCCAGAGUCAGCUGCACUACAUCCGACGGAACAUACCAAUAUUGCCCAGCAUGGCUGGCUAUCACAAUCUACCCCACAGACCAAAGACACUGCGUCUUACCCAGGGCCCACAUGGCUAUGGCUUUCUACUGCGACAAGAAAAACUGCAAACGGGACGCAUUGCUCACAUGUUGCGUGAAGUGGACCCUUGCAGUCCAGCAGAACAGGUGGGCAUGGAGGAUGGCGAUCUCCUGUUGUCAGUAAACGGCGAGCCAAUAGAAAUGGCAGAGCAUGAGGACAUUGUCAGCAAAGUGCGACAGAGUGGCCAGCAGGUUACGCUCACCUGUAUCUCCCUCAAUGGGAGAGAAUUUUAUGAAAAGUUGGCUCUGUCUCCACUCCUCUUCUAUGAAGAAGACAUCCUAGAAAGACUUGAAGAAAACAGGCAGAAUCCUAUGAGAGGCUCGCCUCUUAAGAGUGAUCAUUUAGUGCCACUCUGCCCUCGACUCUGUAUUGUCAAUAAAGAGGCCUCAGGCUUCGGGUUCAGCUUAGGAUGUGUCCAGAAUGAACCAGGAACAUUCAUCAGCCAGGUGACAGCAGGGAGUGGUGCCGAAAGAUCUGGACUCUGUGAGGACGAUGUGGUUGUCGAGGUAAACGGACAGAGUGUGGAGAAGGAAUAUCUGAAAGAAGUGGUGAGGCUGAUAAUGUGUGGUGGAUCAUCCGUCAAGAUGGUGGUCAUGGACAGGCAUGGAUAUAAAACCCAGAGGCAGAGUGGUCUCCCUUAUACGGCAGUGGUCCCUUGCAACAAUCGGGUCUCAGAGUCAGCACCAAACACCUUUGUGUAAGAAGAUUAAAAAGUCUUGGCAAUUUCUAAUACAUGUGUGUAUUGAACCAAAAAGGGUAUUUUGCAUUCCACUCCUCAGUGAUCAACAUCAUUUGAAAUAUAAUUUCAUGUGCAUUAAUAUAGUUUGUGUCUUCCAGUGCCACGUUGUAAUGGAUAGCAACAUUCAAUCAAAUGUGUGCAAUUUCAGAUAACUUUCAGUGUUAUAAUGUAAAUAAUGGAUUUGUUUUUACUCAAUAAAGGAGGUAUCAGCUGUCAUUUGAAUGUUGUUAUGGUGUAGGGGUUAAGGGCCUACAUGCACAAUAAAGACUGCAAGUCAUCAAACAACCUUUCACAGCAG